GGCCUCUAUAAAGCAUAGCUUCCAAGAAUCUAAGAAUUUACCAGACUCAAUAGAGGCAUUGAAGAGGAUAGCGAUCGGUUUUAACACAUUCGUUAAGCAGCCAAUUAAAAAUACCGCAGGAAAGUUAUUGCUCGGUGAUGGAAAAAGAGCUGAUUAGAUCCGCAAUGUAUGAGUCUGCAAUGUAUGCUGAAGCAGAAAACAUGGAUUUAACAGCGCAAGUCCAAGAAUUGACAAAAGAGAUAAGGGAGAUGCGCGCCGAUAUACAAGAAAUCAAAGAUUUAAUGGGCCGGAAUAAUGAAGUUAUAGACGAGCUAAUGAAAGGACAUCAACAAAUGAUUAGACGUGUGGUGAAACAAGAAAAAGAUGAUGAGGAAGAAAGGAAUAUAAUAAGGCCGGUAUUUCCACUGGCGACCCAGGAAGAUUUAGACAAUGCCGAAAGUUUUAUUGGAAUGGACGAAAGGAAAAAAGAUGAAAUGACACGGUUUCUCAAACCUCUAUUGAUGCCUAUUGGUCUCAAACAAAGAUUAGUAUAUGUUCUAUCAGAAGAUAUAAUUUUGAACUAUAAUCUUGAAGGUACACAUGGUAAAAAGCGCAUGUUAUUGUAUCCAAAGCUAAUGAGUGUGCUAUACAGUGCAACCGACCGUCCCGGCUGGUCUUAUAAAUUAUUCUUAGAUGAUUUGCGCAGAGGUUUUCAAUUUGGCAAGAAGAAACAUUUUAGACAAAAAUGUAGAUUAAAUAAAUUAGCCGCCCCUAAAACUUCAAGAAAUCCGUUGUCAAGCCCGGAGGAGGAUAAUGAUGAUGAUGAUGAUCCCGACUAUAAAUGAGUGUUUGUCUUAUUUAAUUUAACGUAUGUACAUUUAAGCAUAUAAUUAAGUUUGUACUUAAGUAAGGAAUGCUGAUUAAUGUCUAAUAAAGUUCAAAUUUGAAACAUUUUAACAAAAAAGAUAUUAACCAUAACAGAUGAAAAAUAAAAAGAAUGCUUUUAUGUAAACAUCUUAA